AUGGCGUCCGGCGUCAGGCAGUUCCCCACCAUCAAGGCCGUUCGGUCCUAUGUCAUUGACGGCGUCGGUGCUGGAGGCGAUUACCACAACGUCAAGGGUGGUCACUGGCUGAUCGACUCGCCCAUCUCGACCCCCUCUUCGCGAUGGGAGAAGUACCGCAAGUCCCGUACCAGCUGGGGCAUCAACGUCCUCGGCUCCUUCUUCGUCGAGAUUGAGGCCACCGACGGCACCGUCGGCUUCGCCACGGGCUUCGGUGGCCCCCCGGCCUGCUGGCUCGUCCACCAGCACUUUGAGCGCUUCCUCAUCGGCGCCGACCCCCGCGACACCAACCUCCUCUUCGAGCAGAUGUACCGAUCCUCCAUGUUCUACGGACGCAAGGGUCUCCCGAUUGCCAUCAUCUCCGUCAUCGACCUCGCCCUUUGGGAUCUCCUCGGCAAGCUGAGGAACGAGCCCGUCUACAAGCUCAUCGGUGGUGCCACCAAGGACCGCAUGGACUUCUACUGCACCGGCCCCAACCCGCCCGCCGCCAAGGCCAUGGGCUUCUGGGGUGCCAAGGUCGCCCUGCCCUACUGCCCCGACGAGGGCCACAUUGGCCUCAAGAAGAACGUCGAGUACCUGCGCGCCAUGCGCGAGAGCGUCGGCCCCGACUUCCCCCUCAUGGUCGACUGCUACAUGUCGCUCAACGUGUCCUACAUCAUCGAGCUCGCCAAGGCCUGCGAGGACAUCAACAUCAACUGGUGGGAGGAGUGCCUGUCGCCCGAUGACACGGACGGCUUUGAGCUGAUCAAGCGCGCCCACCCCACCAAGAAGUUCACGACAGGCGAGCACGAGUACUCGCGCUACGGCUUCCGCAAGCUCGUCGAGGGCCGCAACCUCGACAUCAUCCAGCCCGAUGUCAUGUGGCUCGGUGGCCUGACCGAGCUGCUCAAGGUGUCGGCCAUGGCUGCCGCCUACGACAUUCCCGUUGUGCCCCACGCCAGCGGCCCUUACAGCUACCACUUUGUCCUGUCGCAGCCCAACACGCCCUUCCAGGAGUACCUCGCCAACUCGCCCGACGGCAAGAGCGUGCUGCCCGUCUUUGGCGACCUCUUCCUCGACGAGCCCAUCCCCAACAAGGGUUUCCUCACGGCUGCCGACCUCGACAAGCCCGGCUUCGGCCUGACGCUCAACCCCGCCGCCCGCUCCAAGCUCAUCUCCGCCGACAGGUGGCUCAACCCGGCGCCCGUCGCCGCCCUGACGCCCGCCGCACCUGAGGUCGAGGCCCCCAAGGCCGUCGAGGCUCCCAAGGAGGAGGCGGCGCCCGCCGCUGCCGUCGCCGCCCCCGUCGAGGAGGCCAAGACCAACGGAGUCAACGGCACCACCACCAACGGCGUCAACGGCAUCGUCCACGACAUUACGGCCAAGGUGCAGGAGCUGACGACGGGCAGCGCCGAGCCCGUGGCGACGAACUAG